AUGCGGAAGAACGUCUUAUCGCUCCGCAUGACUCAUGCACGCGCGGCCCUAAGCACGGCCGUGGCGCCGUUGGCGCCACGUUGUGCGCAUCGGCAGAGGACGAUGCUUGCCUCGACAACCGGUCAUAUCCACUUGGCAUCGAAAGUAGGCGCCGUUCCUUCGGCGAAUCCGCCACCUACGAGUGAACGCAGCUUGGGCUUACAGCGCUUGUAUGCACAACAUCGUCCUCUCCUGGAGCAUGAACAAUUGCCUGCUCGCUCGCUGCGCAUAAUGGAGGGUGAUACCCUAAUGAUGGAAUCAGAGCCGCUUGUUGUGCCUGAACGCAGUGUGUGGCGUCGUCGCGCACGCCGCGUCGAUACCGAUACGUUCGCCAAUCUGCUCGACCAUUUGUCUCAACUUCAUGUUUCUUGUCCUUCAGUUCCUACGUCACGCAAGUCACGUAUCGCCCGACGCACUCGCGCCCGCGGUGCAGUCGCGUCGCUUUUGCCGUCUCCCACUGUAGUCGCUGCAUCGCAAAGGAUCGAAAGGAUGGAGCGCGAUGCUGAGGAGCGCGAGCAGGUGAUGGCAAACGCGAGAGAGCACGGCCUGGACUUGGAGCGAGCGUCACGACUCGGCGCAGAAGCUGAGCUUGUUGUUCUUGGCGAGCCAGCAGGGCCACACAAAGAUUGGGCUCCUGGCGUCGCGACGCAUCUCGGUUCUCACACGCAGCCAUAUGUGCCGCCAGCUGCGCGACACGUAGCACGACGACGUGUUCGCGCUCGCUCUAUGGAUGCCAUUGAUACUGCCGACGAAGAUGCACAUUUGUGGCUUACACACGGUCUUGUGCAGACGCGUGUGAAGGCGGAUCAUGCUUGGCGUGCCUUCGUUGCGACAACUAUGGAAGCACCGCCUGUUUCCUCGCACCCCACUGUCUCGCUUGAUAGCGUGCGAAGAAAACGCAGGAAGAAGAUGAACAAGCACAAAUACAAGAAGCUUCGUAAGCGCCAGCGUGCUGAACGCCAGCGCCUCAAGAAGUAA